AUGGCUGCCGUGCAGGGCAACCUGAAUAUGGUGAAAGAGACACAGAACAUGACAGCACACAACUGCUUCAAUUCUCAGAGCACCGUCCUGCAGGGGCAGCCCUUUGGGGGAAUCCCCACUGUGCUGUUCCUCAACGUCAUCUUGUGGGUGGUCAUCAUUUUGGUUUAUUCCUUCCUCCGGAAAGCUGCGUGGGACUACGGGCGCCUGGCUCUGCUCAUUCACAAUGACAGCUUGACUUCACUGAUCUAUGGGGAGCAGAGCGAGAAGACAUCUCCCUCGGAUAUUUCCCUGGAGAUGGAACACAAGGACAAGGGCUUCUAUUCCUGGUUCUUCAACACCAUCACCAUGAAGAACGAGGAUCUAAUUAGCAAGUGUGGAGACGAUGCCCGCAUCUACAUCAUGUUCCAGUAUCAUCUCAUCAUCUUUGUGCUUAUCCUCUGCAUCCCCUCCUUGGGCAUCAUCUUGCCCAUCAACUACACUGGAACCGUUCUGGAUUGGAAUAGUCACUUCGGUCGGACCACCAUUGUCAAUGUCUCCAUAGAGAGUAAGGUCCUGUGGCUGCAUAGCUGCUUCUCCUUCCUCUAUUUCGUCAUUAACUUCGUCUUCAUGACCCAUCACUGUUUAGGGUUUGUGCCCAAGAAGAGCCAUAAGGUCACCAGGACACUAAUGAUCACCUAUGUCCCCACGGACAUCCAAGACCCAGAAAUCAUCAUUAAGCAUUUUCAUGAGGCCUAUCCAGGGUGCGUGGUGACCAGAGUCCACUUCUGCUAUGACGUCAGGACCCUGAUCGAUUUGGAUGAUCAGAGACGCCAUGCCAUGCGGGGCCGGCUCUACUACACUGCCAAGGCCAAGAAGAAUGGGAAGGUGAUGAUCAAGAUCCACCCCUGUUCCCACCUGUGCUUCUGCAAGUGCUGGACCUGCUUCAAAGAGGUAGAUGCAGAACAAUAUUACAGUGAGCUGGAGGAGCAGCUGACUGAUGAGUUCAACGCUGAGUUCAACCGCGUUCGGCUGAAGCGUCUGGACCUGAUCUUUGUCACCUUCCAGGACUCCAGGAUGACGAAGCACAUCCAGGAAGAUUACAAGUACAUCCAGUGUGGCGUGUCCCCCCAGCAGUCCUCGGUGUCCACCACCGUCAAAUCCUACCGCUGGAGGGUUGCCCUUGCCCCACACCCUAAAGACAUUAUUUGGAAACACCUGUCCGUCCGCCGCUUCCAUUGGUGGGCCCGCUUUAUCGUAAUCAACACCCUCCUCUUCUUCCUCUUCUUCUUCCUCACCACGCCUGCCAUCAUCAUCAACACCAUCGACAUGUACAACGUCACCCGCCCCAUUGAGAACCUGCAGAGCCCAGUCAUAACCCAGUUCUUCCCCUCCCUGUUGCUCUGGGCAUUUACAGUGAUAAUGCCUCUGAUGGUCUACUUCUCUGCCUUCCUAGAGGCCCACUGGACCAGAUCAAGUCAGAAUCUGAUCAUAGUGAACAAGUGCUACAUCUUUCUGGUGUUCAUGGUGGUUAUUCUGCCCUCUAUGGGACUGACCAGUUUGAAUGUCUUUUUCCGCUGGCUCUUUGACAUCUACUAUCUGGAGCAGGCAUCCAUCCGGUUCCAGUGUGUGUUCCUGCCAGACAAUGGCGCCUUCUUCGUCAACUAUGUGAUCACGGCAGCUUUGCUUGGCACGGGCAUGGAGCUGUUGCGCCUGGGGUCACUCUUCCUGUACAGCACCCGCCUCUUCUUCUCCAGGUCGGAGCCAGAGAGAGUCCACAUCAGAAAGAGCCACGCCAUGGACUUCCAGUACGGGCGAGAGUACGCGUGGAUGAUGAACGUCUUCAGUGUGGUCGUAGCAUACAGCAUCACCUGCCCCAUCAUUGUCCCUUUUGGCCUGCUGUACCUGUGCAUGAAGCACAUCACGGACCGCUACAACAUGUACUACUCCUACGCGCCCACCAAACUCAACGAGCAGAUCCACAUGGCUGCUGUCUACCAGGCCAUUUUCGCACCACUCCUGGGUCUGUUCUGGAUGCUGUUCUUCUCCAUUCUGAGAUUAGGUUCGCUCCACAACAUCACCUUCUUCUCCCUUUCCACGCUCAUUAUUUCCAUGGUAGUUGCCUGCCUUAGCACUCUUCUGGGGAAGCUCCGGACGGUAUCUUACUAUGAGCCCGAGGAGGAGAUGGAGACCGUGUUUGACAUGGAGCCAAGCAGCAGCACCUCCACACCCACCUCCCUUCAGCUGUACGUGGCUACUGUGCUGCAGGAGCCGGAGAUGAACCUGUCCCCUGCCUCCUCCCCUGCUCGGCAGACCUACGGCACCAUGAACAGACAGCCUGAGGAGGGAGAAGAGGAGAGCGGUGUGAGGGGCUUUGCGAGGGAGCUGGGUUCCGCUCAGUUCCAGGACGGGCUGGAACUGGAGGGCCAGAGCCAGUACCACUGA